UCCGAACCAAAUUUCUCAUUCUCAUUUUUUCUUUCCCUCGUUUUCUUCUCUCAUUUCUCUCUCCCGCUUUUUUGUUUUCCGACUUACCAAACACCUAGAUCUCACCCGUUUCCCUCCCAUUUCCUCUUUCAAUUCUCAUCGGAGCUCCAUCGCCGGCACUUGGAUGUCGGCCAACCGAGCUCCUCCCGCCGCCUCCUCCUCCAACCCGCCGGACCAGAUCAUGCAAUCCAUGAAACGACAACUCCCGUUUUCCUCCAUGAAACCUCCUUUUGUAGCUUCCGGAGAUUAUCACAGGUUUGGUCCCAACAACCGCCGGAAUCUGGACCAAGAAACCGAAGCUAUUGUUGUUAAGACUCCUCAAUUGAAGCGGAAGAGUGAAACGGCCGAUUUUGAAGCUGAUUCAGGUGAUAGGAUGACUCCUGAAUCCACCGAAGCAGCCAAUAGUCCUUCUCAGACGCCUGCAUCUGGUAAGACGGGGAAGGCAGGCAAAUCCUCUAGGCUGACAAAAUGCAACAGAUCUGGAACUCAAACCCCAGGCUCAAAUAUUGGUUCUCCUCCAGGAAACAAUCUCACCCCGGCUGGUCCAUGUCGAUAUGACAGCUCUUUAGGCCUGUUGACGAAAAAGUUCAUCCAUUUAAUAAAACAAGCAGAGGAUGGCAUUCUUGAUCUUAAUAAAGCUGCUGACACAUUGGAGGUGCAAAAGAGGAGGAUAUAUGAUAUAACAAAUGUUCUUGAAGGGAUUGGCCUUAUAGAAAAAAAGCUCAAGAACAGAAUUCAGUGGAAGGGGCUGGAUGUUUCAAAACCAGGGGAGGCUGAUGAUAGUUUUGCUAGUUUACAGGCAGAAGUUGAAAAUUUAACAAUCGAGGAACGCCGGUUAGAUGAACAGAUAAGGGAGAUGCAAGAAAGACUACGGGAACUUAGUGAAGAUGAAAAUAAUGAGAAGUUGCUUUUUGUCACUGAGGAAGAUAUAAAGAAUUUGCCCUGCUUUCAGAAUGAAACCUUGAUAGCAAUUAAAGCUCCACAUGGCACCACUUUGGAAGUCCCUGAUCCUGAUGAGGCUGUUGAUUAUCCACAGAGAAGGUACAGGAUAGUCCUGAGAAGCACAAUGGGCCCAAUAGAUGUUUACCUUGUUAGCCAAUUUGAAGAGAAGUUUGAGGAGAUCAACGGUGUUGAUGUUGCACCCAAAUUUCCAUCCAGUCCAGAAGUUGACAAGCAGCAAUCAACUUUGGUCCCAGAGGAUAAAGGGAAGGAAGUAGAAGUGCAGGGACAAGAUGGUGAAGGGCCUAGUUCAGAUUUUACCAACUCUCACGACUUUGUGAGUGGGAUCAUGAAGAUUGUUCCUUCAGAUGUUGCGAGUGACGCUGAUUACUGGCUUUUAUCAGAUGCCGAUGUUAGCAUAACUGACAUGUGGAGAACAGAACCCACAGUUGAAUGGAAUGAACUCAAUAAGCUUCAAGAAGAUUAUUGUACAGCUCCUGAACACACUACAACCCCAAGUCAUCCAUCGAACAUAGGUGAAGUCUCUUCUGCAUCCAACCCUCCUGAUGGUUGAAGCUUCAGAAGGAUGUAUUGUAAAUGGUGUUCUUUCUUCAACUGAGAACCUAUGACAUCCAGCCACCUCUCUGUUGUAUCAUCUUCAACAUAGUGCUAGAGGUUGGAUUGAAGGUUCCUAGAAGUUCUAGGCUAGAAGUUACUUUCUCAAUGUCUCUCUGCGAAGCUUGUCCUAAGGAACUGAGGGCCAGUCAAAUGGCUCAUUGUACAGUUAAUUUUUACAUAAUCCAAGCAACUUUGUACUUCAAGGGGAAAACACCUGUGGCUUUGGUGAACCCAUCUUUGUAUAUUGUUGUAAGUCUCAGCUUUCUAUAGCCGUUAGAUCAAAGUGUAUGUUCGCAUAGCAAUAAAAAAAAGAUUUCAGGAUGCAGAGUGCAGAGCUCAGCUAACUGUUUUGGUCAAAUGAUAAGUUUCAUCUGAUGAAAGAUUAUAUGGUCAUUCCAUUUCUUUGAAACCUUGUAAUUAACUUCUCAGUUUCUAUCUGUACCUCUUUUUUCACGCUCCAA